AUGCAAAAUUGCUUAGGUGCUUUAGAUGGAACCCACAUUAAGAUUAGGGUUCCAACUGUUGAUAAACAUAGAUAUCGAACGCGAAAAGGUGACAUAGCAACAAAUAUGUUUGGUGUUUGUACACCUGAUAUGCAUUUUCUUUGUGUUCUUCCUGGUUGGGAAGGUUCUGUUGCUGAUGGAAGAGUUCUUCGAGAUGCCAUUAGUAGGAGACAUGGACUAGAAGUUCCUCAUGGUUUUUCCCGAUCAAGUGUUUCCUCCCAAAGUUCUCGAGGAACCAAAAGGAAAUGGGUUCCAAAUGAAGAUGCUGUGUUGGUUGCUUGUAUGGUCGACUUGCACAAUGCUGGAACCUUUAAUGCAGAUACAGGAUUCAAAGCCGGCUAUUUAAAUAAGUUAGAAAAAAUGUUAGAAAAGGCUAAACCUAAUCUUGAAUCGAGUAUUAAGACAUUGAAAAGGGAUUGGUCAAUCGUUUAUGACAUGCUUAGUGGAAAAAAAAAUGGCGGCUUUGGUUGGGAUGAGCAUAGGCAGCUUAUUGUUGCUGAAGAUGCGAGUCAUAAAGAAGUAGCUCAAUUCAGACAUCGGAGUUUCCCUUAUUAUGACCAACUUACUACCAUCUACGCAAAAGAUCGAGCCACUGGAAAAGAUGCUCAAACAGCUGCUAAUAUUAUUGAAGAAAUAAAUGCUGAGGAUGUAGCUGCUACAAAUACUCAUGAAGAAAGAAAUGAUUUCCAUGGAUCCGAAGCUGAUGUGUCUUUGGAUGACAUGGAUCUUUCAGCUACACAACCGCAACCAGAACAGAAACCAACUAGAAACCAAGGUGAUACUGCAUUUUCAAAGAAGAAAAAAAAGAUUUCUGAUGCAAGUGAUUUUUCUACUUCGUUUAAUGAUGAUACCGCUUUAUUGGCAAAAAAUAUAUGGACCGUUGGCCUCGAAAUCAUGGAAGGUUUAACUGAGGAUGAACGCUAUCGUGCAUUGAGCAAAAUUCCAGAUCAUCCAACGGAAAUGCUCAUUUUCUUUAGUUUACCUUCUGCUGUGCGAUUGGAAUGGGUCAGAAGAUUUCUUGCUGACCAUUAA